AUGGCGACCGUCUACAAGCUUCAGUCCGGAGAGAAGUCCAAGGCGUCUGUUGAGGAGCAUGGCAAGCCCCAGUCGCGCAGGAUCAAGAACAAGGUCUUGGUUCUGUCAUCGAGGGGUGUUACAUACCGUCAGCGUCACUUGAUGGCCGACCUUGAGGCUAUGCUUCCUCACUCCAAGAAGGACGCCAAGCUCGACACGAAAUCAAAGCUCUACCACUUGAACGAAGUCGCCGAACUCUACUCCUGCAACAACAUCCUCUUCUUCGAAGCACGAAAGCGUCAAGAUCUCUACGUCUGGCUCGCCCGAGCACCAAACGGUCCCUCCGUCAAGCUCCACCUCCAAAACUUGCACACCAUGGACGAGCUGAACAUGACCGGAAACGCACUCAAGGGAUCCCGACCAAUUCUGAGUUUCGACAAGAGUUUUGAUGAGCAGCCGUACACGCGAUUGUUGAAGGAGAUGUUGCAGGCAACGUUCGGUGUACCCAAGGGCGCGAGGAGGUCGAAGCCCUUCACGGAUCAUGUUCUUACCUUUACGCUGGCGGAUGGCAAGAUCUGGUUCCGUAACUUCCAGAUCGUCGAGAAAGAAUCAGAAGAUCCCAAGGCGAAGCGAAGGGGUGGUGACACCAGUGAGCUUUCCUUGUUGGAGAUUGGUCCCCGUUUUGUCAUGACUGUUAUUUGCGUUUUGGAGGGUUCGUUUGGUGGUCCGGUCAUUUAUGAGAACAAGGAGUUUGUGUCCCCCAACCAGGUCAGAGCGAGCUUGAAGGCGCAGAAGGCGAGCAAGUACAGGAACAGGGCGGAGAGCAAGGCGAAGACUCAGGUUAAGAAGAGGGUGAACCACUUGCCUGCGGAUGAGAUGGCUGACGAGAUGGUCUUCGCGGACUUGAGUGAUUCGGAGUAAAACGAAGAGAGUCAUUGAAAGCAUUGUUUUGGUUAUAUUUGUCGUCGAUGUUGACGAGGGGUUUAUGGGUAUCUUGUAGCGAAAAGCAAAUCGAAACGCCUGUGACCCCGAUGCGAAUGUCCUGACCCAGCUACCUCUCCUCCUCUCUCUUCCUUGCUCUUGAUCUAGAUGCAAAUAAAUUACCAUGCUUCGAUCCGCUUCUCCAUCCCCCUCAAUGCCUCUUCGAAUCCUCCAAUGACAUUACUCAACUCCUUCCCAACCACCCCACCCGUCUUCCACCGAUUCCUCUCACUCGAGAUCCACUCUCUCGACCGUUCCACUCCCGCCAACUCCAACUGCCACUCCUCCACCAACCCCCUAACAACCUUCAACUUCCUCCCCGC